GCGGAAGCUUUCAGGUGUUUUGGUGAACUGUCAUGGAGGCUGCUAGUUGCCACAGUUACUGACGGUUAUUUUUACUGUUUCAGUCUUGAUUUUUAAUCAUUAAAUUUCCCUGUCAUCUCCUCUAGUAUAAAGGUUGGCAGUCAGUGAAAUCAUGGAGUCCAUGCUCAAUAAACUAAAGAGCACCGUCACCAAGGUGACAGCCGACAUGACCAGUGCUGUCAUGGGUAACCCUGUCACGCGGGAGUUUGAGGUGGGCCGACAUAUCGCCAGUGGUGGUCCUGGAAUGUGCUGGAGGAUCUACAAUGGCACCAAAAAAUCCACCAAACAGGAAGUGGCAGUCUUUGUGUUCGAUAAGAAGAUCAUUGAUCGGUAUCAGAAAUUUGAGAAGGAUCAGAUCAUUGAUUCACUAAAGAAAGGAGUCCAGCAGCUGACCCGGUUACGGCACCCGCGCCUCCUCACGGUUCAGCACCCGCUAGAGGAGUCCAGAGAUUGUCUAGCAUUUUGCACAGAGCCUGUGUUCGCCAGUCUAGCUAAUGUGCUCGGCCAAUGGGACAAUCUUCCCAGUCCUGUUCCCACAGACAUCAAAGAAUACAAACUCUAUGAUGUGGAGACCAAAUACGGCUUACUGCAGAUCUCAGAGGGUUUGACAUUUCUCCACAAUGGGGUGAAAAUGGUUCACCGUAACUUGUGUACACAGAACGUCAUCUUAAAUAAAAGCGGAGCUUGGAAAAUCAUGGGGUUUGACUUCAGUAUUUCCUCUAGUAACCCCUCAGAAGCAGAGCCCAAGUAUGUAUGUAAAGAGUGGGACCCCAAUCUACCAUCUCUCUGCCUGCCUAACCCAGAGUAUGUUGCCCCAGAGUACAUUCUGUCAGUCAGCUGUGACGCGGCCUCCGACAUGUACUCGCUGGGCGUGUUGAUCCACGCCGUGUUUAACGAAGGCAAGCCCGUCUUUCAAGUCAACAAGCAGGACAUAUAUAAGAGCUUCAGUCGACAACUCGACCAGUUGAGUCGUUUGAAACCUGGAGUGUUGAGCCAGAUCCCAGAGGAGGUCAGGGAACAUGUGAAGAUGUUGCUUAGCGUCACGUCCAAUGUGCGACCAGAUGCAGACCAGAUGACCAAGAUUCCUUUCUUCGAUGAUGUCGGAGCAAAGACUCUUCAGUACUUUGACUCGCUUUUCCAGCAGGACAACUUACAGAAGUCCCAGUUCUACAAAGGCCUCCCCAAAGUUCUGCCCAAGCUGCCUCAGCGAGUGGUGAUCUAUCGGAUUCUCCCGGCCCUCGCGUCCGAGUUUGUGAAUCCAGACAUGGUCCCGUUCGUACUUCCAAAUGUGCUGCUCAUUGCUGAAGAGUGCACUAAAGAGGAAUACAUCCGCCUUGUUCUCCCAGACCUCACCCCAGUUUUCAAACAGCAGGAGCCUGUGCAGGCCAGCAAUAUGAUCCUAUUGAUAUUUCUACAAAAGAUGGACCUGCUUUUGACCAAAACCCCACCUGAAGACAUCAAGAACAGUGUGCUGCCCAUGGUGUACAGAGCAGUGGAGGCUCCUUCCAUACAAAUACAGGAACUCUGUCUUAACAUCAUUCCCACAUUUGCCAAUCUGAUCGAGUAUCCCUCUAUGAAGAACGCACUUAUCCCUCGUAUCAAAUCUACCUGUUUACAGACAUCCUCACUAGCGGUGAGGGUGAACUCAUUGGUGUGCCUAGGAAAAAUUCUGGAAUACCUGGAUAAAUGGUACGUCAUUGAUGAAAUUCUACCAUUCCUGCAACAGAUUCCAUCUAGAGAACCAGCUGUGCUCAUGGGAAUCCUGGGCAUCUACAAGUGCACUUUCACACAUAAAAAACUAGGCAUUCCAAAGGAGCACCUGGCUUCCAAGAGUUUACCUCAUCUGGUGUCACUUAGCAUCGAUAACAAUCUUAACCUUAACCAGUUUAAUUCUUUCAUGGCUGUGAUCAAGGACAUGUUGACUCGCAUGGAGGCGGAGCAUAAGACCAAACUAGAACAGCUGCAUGUCAUGCAGGAGCAACAGAGGAGUUUAAACAUCACAAACCCAAUGAACCAAUCAGAGGAGACUAAGAGCACACCCAGUCCAGCUACUCAAGUCAGAGAUAUUGAUGAGAUCUUUGGUGGCACUUCAGGAGGUGCAGGUGUGAAUGGUAAAGAGAACGGUCCUUCAUCAACUGCUUCUCAACCCUCAAGAGUAUCGCUUACCCUGGAGGAAAAGCAGCGUUUGGCUAAAGAACAGGAACAGGCUGCCAAACUAAGAAGCCAGCAGCCACUGGCUCCACAGAGUGUCAAACCAGCAACAACAACAACACAGGCAAAGGAUCUAACCAGUAGUCUUCUUAACAACAUGACGUCGCUAAACAACCUCUCGCUAACCUCUGGGCCUAGAGGCAACAUCUCCUCUCCGUUCCCAUCUGGAUCCAACAUGGGAGGAAUGGGCACCAUGGGCCCUGUCAGCAACGGCUUCAACUCACCCAUGGGCUUCCAGACAGGAGGUAUGGGGAUGGGCAUGAGACCCACCAAUCCUGCCCUCUACGGGGGCAUGGCCACAACUACCAGCACUCCAAAUUUUAGUGCCCUCACCCAGAACCAAAACCAGCCAGGCAAACCCCCUGACAUGUCCGUCCUAGACUCCCUCUUCACGUCUAGCAAACCCAAAGUAAGCCUGAACCAGAUGGCCCCCAAUCCGGCACCAGGAACCACAGCGCCUUCCCCGUGGCUCAACCAGUUCGGCACGGGCCAACCUCCCCAGACUGCGCCCAUGCAGGCAGCUCCAAUGGGAAUGGCCGGGGGGAUGCAAGGUGGUUUUGGGAGACAGGCUAAUCCUUUCUUUAACCCACAGAAUUUUUCACAGCCUGUGGCACCUCCAGCAACGAACACUGGAAUGAUGAAACAAAGUACUUCAGUCAACAACGACCUUAAAGACCUUUUCGGAUAGACUUUUGAAUUGCAAGUGAAACUACAUCAGCAGUGACGGCGAUAACGAUGGUGUGAAGGUACAUUGUAUCCUUCUUUGAAAGACAGUGUUUAAAAUAGUUUUUUUGUCUUUUUUAGCUCUCUCAUCACCGUGCACCUUUUUGAACAACCGACCAAACCGGAUCGAACAAACCAUCAUGUUUCUUAAGAAGCGAGACGCUUGGGCUUUUCCACCGUUAGUCAGUGUAAGCUUGGAAUUCAUCGGCUUGUUUCGCCUGAUCGUUAUAAGGUUUGGAUUGGCACAAAAUAAAUCAACUUUUGGUUUCAUUUCUGCUUAAUCCUCACCCAUGGCUGUAUGAUUCGACUUUCUCUUUGAACGAGGAUUGCUGAUUUGAGUCUCUGUCUCUUGAGAUAAAAGUGAUAUUGGUCCCAUACACAGUUUCUGGAUGAAUUCGUUGAUUCUUAAUGUUUUCUUUGUGUAUAUAUUGUAAGUGAUGAUUAUGGUUUCAUAUUUUGAUGCACUGAGGAGAAUUUUAAAAAUGAGGACACUGUCAUAUACUGUAGGUGAACUAAAUGUAAUAGAGCUGUAGGGUUUGUCAUGUUGGGAUCUCAUCAGUACUUUCAAAUGAGUUUGAUUUAUAGUCUGUAAUGGCUUAUGUACAACCGAAUCCAUGGGCUUUAUUCAUGUAACACAAGCAGAACAAAUUUUAUUUGUAAAACCAUUCCUGGUUGAAAAAUAUACAUCAUUUUGCAUUACAGAAAUUUAGGACUGUUAAAGGGAUAGUUCACCCAAAAAUUAAAAUUCUGUAAUUUUC